AGCAGGGAAGCUCCAAUGAUGGGUUUCUCAUUGCAGGUGCGGGAGCUGGAAGGGGAGGUUGAUGCUGAGCAGAAGCGCAGCGCUGAAGCUGUGAAGGGUGUGCGCAAGUACGAGAGGAGGGUGAAGGAGCUGACCUACCAGUCUGAGGAAGACCGGAAGAACAUUCUUAGACUCCAGGAUCUGGUGGACAAACUGCAGAUGAAAGUGAAAUCCUACAAGAGACAAGCUGAGGAGGCUGAGGAGCUGUCCAAUGUCAACCUCUCCAAGUUCCGCAAGAUCCAGCACGAGCUGGAGGAAGCCGAGGAGCGGGCAGACAUUGCAGAGUCACAGGUCAACAAGCUCCGUGUAAAGAGUCGGGAGUUUCACAGUAAGAAGAUAGAAGGGGAAGAGUGAGGAUGUCGUGAGGCAGCAAAGCGGCAUGAGGAGUGCACAAAAUGUGAACCCUCUGUCACCUUUUUCUGCUAUGUCUUUGUAACCAUGUCAGUGUCUAGAGAAUAAAGUCUGUAGAUUCCUUUGCAUACACAGCAGAAGCAGUGGUGCUAUUUGUCAGAAUUCAAGUCGCUACAAUUACUAAUGGGUGUGCUUUUUUUCAAAUGAUGAUUCUAAGAACAAUUAAUGUUAUGGAGUAGAACUCUAAAUGUAACAUUUAUUGCCAACAGAGCAAGCAAAAUUUUGCAGUACUAUACAAUGUUCCCCAACAAUGCAAUUAUAAGUUAAUAUUUGAAUUAGUUUCUACAAGAAUAAAUGUUUAAGAGUAAAUAGCAAGAG